AGGGGGAGGGAGGUGUGCAACAAUUUCCUGUAGUUGCAUGCUCUUCAGCGUCUCUCAGCCUUCCUCUCUGAGUCUGUUUCAGAGUGAAGAGCACAGACGAAACUGAGCGGAACAGGAUGCAGGCUAUCAAAUGUGUGGUCGUGGGAGAUGGAGCUGUGGGUAAAACAUGUCUUCUCAUCAGUUACACAACCAAUGCCUUCCCCGGAGAGUACAUUCCUACUGUAUUCGACAAUUAUUCAGCUAAUGUGAUGGUGGACAGCAAGCCGGUCAACCUGGGCCUCUGGGAUACAGCUGGACAGGAAGAUUAUGACAGGCUCCGCCCACUGUCCUACCCACAGACGGAUGUUUUCCUAAUCUGCUUCUCCCUGGUUAGCCCGGCAUCCUAUGAGAACGUCAGAGCUAAGUGGUACCCUGAGGUCCGUCACCACUGCCCCUCCACGCCCAUCAUCCUGGUUGGCACUAAGCUGGAUCUGAGGGAUGAAAAGGAUACCAUUGAGAAACUGAAGGACAAGAAGCUGGCGCCUAUCACCUAUCCACAGGGCCUAGCUCUGGCUAAGGAGAUAGAUGCAGUCAAAUACCUGGAGUGCUCAGCCUUGACCCAGCGUGGUCUGAAAACUGUGUUUGAUGAGGCCAUUCGUGCCGUCCUCUGCCCUCAGCCCGCCAAGGUCAAGAAGAAGCCCUGCUCGCUGCUGUAAACGAUUCUCACAGGAGCACAGAAGAAGAGAAAAGGACUGCAGACCCUGAAGAAUAUAUGCAAAUCUGCCAUGUCUCUAAUGUAUAUCUACAACUUUAAACAAAACAAAAAAACCAAACAAUGUAUGGUGUGCAGGUUUGCUAUUGUUUUAGAAAUGCCAACGAGCUCUUAAGUCCAAAUCCAGACGCUGCCCAGACAGGAUUUCUUUGUAAAAUAUAUCAGUUUAGAGAUUAUAGACCCUUUGAGUUUAAGUGUAAGUCUGAGAGCAGCAUGCUGCCUUCAUCUAAAGUACUGCCAACAAUAUAUAUGUGUUUCAUGAAACCUAAAAUAAAAAUAACUUUUGUAACUGAAAUAAACAGUGUUUCAGUAUGAUUUGUUCACUGUGCUGUUUUCAGGGUGAUGAAUGUAAGGAGCAGAAAUGGUCGUUUGUGAGGAAGCAAGCAACAAGCAAACUUGUGUCUGAAUAAGAUUUAUUAACAAAUGUAUUAUUUGUUGUGCUAUUAAAAUAAAAAUAAAACAUUUGAUUGCA